AUGGGCAGCACACAUUCCGCUGAGCAGGCACAGAGUGUGGAGGACACGACCAGUCCCGGCAAUCCCGGCAUCUUCUGCACGGCGGCCUCCCUGCCCGGCUUCAUCAGCAACAUCCAGCGACUGGUGCUCCGCAAGCUGAGCAUCUCGGCGCGGAAACAAAAGCGACUGAGCAAGCGCUCCAAGCCACUACUGCGACCCAUGCCGCGCUGCUCGUCCUUCGGCUCCAGCGGCACCCUGCUGACGCCCACCACCAAGAAGAAGUCCGCCACAGCUGCCACCUCUGCCACAUCCUGCAGCCUGGCCGACCGCCGCUACGCCCAGUGGAAGUGCAGCUUCGAGCACCUGGCCCGCAAGCAGUCGCCGAAGGCGUGUCUCCACGACAUCAGCGAGGCCAUGACCGGCCAGACCACGCCCCGUGGCUUCCCCUCCCACACGGACGCCAAGCGCUGCCUGAUGGCCGCCAGUGCGGUGGACGCCAGUGCGCCGGAGUCGCCGCUCUACGAUCUGGUGGGCGGUGGCCAGAAGGUCCGCCGCCGCCUCAGUCUGCGCAGCCACGCCCCCGUGCGCCGCCCAUCCGCCCGGCAGAGGGCCGUGCAGGCCCAGUUGGAUGCCCAGCUGCAGCGGGAUCUCCGCGAUCUGGAGGAUUACUACGGCGGCUUCCACUUUGCCCAGCGCCGCGAGCGUCUGGUCAAGGUCUAG